AUGCCACAGCAUCAGAUUAGUGAACAACUGUUGAUCCAGUACUUCUAUGAGGGGCUCCAGUCAACUGACAGGAGUAUUAUUGACGCUGCGAGUGGAGGAGCCCUGGCGAACAAGACACCGAGGGAAGCGUGGGAGCUUAUUGAAGCCAUGGCAGAGAACUCUCAGCAGUUCGGCUUCCGUGAGAGCAAUCCUACCCGUAGAGUCAAUGAGGUAGAGACGUCAUCCAUCCAACAGCAACUGUCAGAGUUGACGUCUGCUGUCAGGCAAUUGGCCAUGAGAGACACGCCGCGGGCGAAAGUAUGUGGAAUCUGCACGAGUAUGGACCACUGUACGGAUACGUGCCCCAUUCUGCAAGAGUACGGGGCAGAACAGGUAAAUAUGGCCGGAGGCGUGCCCGCGCCCCGCAGGCAGUAUGACCCGUAUUCCAACACGUACAACCCGGGCUGGAGGGACCAUCCCAAUCUCAGUUAUGGGAACAGGCAACAAAGAAACUCCUUGAAGAACCUAGUCAAAAGCCUGGCCACGACUACUACUCAGUUUCAACAGGAGAUCAGAUCCUUGGCAGCAAAUACCGCGCAGCUCCAACAGGACACCAAAGCGGACAAGAAGGACCAAGAAACUCGAAUAAGCCAACUGGCAACUGCCAUUAACCGCUUGGAGUCCCACGUUUAUGGAAAACUGCCAUCGCAACCCGAGGUAAAUCCUAAGAAUAUAAGUGCCAUGACGCUGAGGAGUGGCAAGGAACUGGAAGGGCCUAAAGUGAAAAAUUCAAAAAGCAAAAGUGAGGAGGAGAUAGAAAGGGAAAUUGAGGAGGAAGGACGUGUUCGUGAGGAUUCUAAGGUAACCUCCACCUCUCCACUCACUACUAACUCUAACUUACCCCUUUUUCCUUGCAGGUUGGAAAAGACAAAGAAGGUAGAGAAGGAAAAAGAGCUCUUGGAUGUGUUUCGAAAAAUGGAGAUCAACAUUCCCCUGUUGGAUGCAAUCAAACAGAUACUGAAAUAUGCCAAGUUUUUAAAAGAUUUGUGCACCCACAAAAGGAAGCUAAGGGGGGACGAAAGAGUAGCGGUGGGAGAAAACGUGUCAGCUAUACUCCAAAGGAAACUCCCACCGAAAUGUGGAGGCCCAGGUAUGUUCACCAUUCCCUGCAAGAUAGGAGGUACCCCAAUUAGCAAAUCAAUGUUGGAUUUGGGGGCGUCAAUUAAUGUUAUGCCUAAGAUAAUCUAUGCUUCUCUUAAUUUUGGUCCAUUAAAAGGCACAGGCAUUAUAAUCCAACUUGCAGACCGUACCAAUGCUUAUCCAGAGGGGUUAGUUGAAGAUAUUUUGGUACAGGUCAAUGAGUUAGUUUUUCCUGCAGAUUUCUAUGUCUUAGAUAUGGGAGAUGAAAAGGCAUUAAAUCCAUCACCUAUUUUGCUACGUAGACCAUUUUUAAGCACUGUUAGGACAAAAAUAGAUAUGAAUGAGGGUACUUUGUCGAUGGAGUUUGAUGGUGAAAUUGUAAAUUUCAAUAUCUUUGAUGCGAUGAAAUACCCAGAUGAGACUAACUCUGUUUUUGCUUUGAGCAUUAUUGAAUCUCUUGUACAGGACACAUUUGAAUUAAAUGGGGGCGAUGCACUGGAAGUGGCAUUGGCCAAACAUCUUGAGUUGGGAGCAACUCUUGAUGUAGAAAUAAGUGAUGAGCUAUACCAUGCAGUUGAAGCACUGCGUUCGCUCCCACCACUCUCCCCAAGGUAUGAGCUCACUUCUCUCUUUGUACCAGAAACUCAGGCAAAAUUGUUGCCUUCUAUUGUGCAGGCGCCUGAAUUGGAACUCAAGCCCCUCCCAAAGCAUUUGAAGUAUGCUUUUCUCGGGUACAAGGAGACACUGCCAGUUAUCAUAUCUGCACACCUGUCACCAAGGCAAGAAGACAACCUAAUUCGUCUUCUUCGAGAUCAUAAGGAGGCAAUUGGGUGGAGCAUAGCAGACAUCAAGGGAAUUAGCCCCUCUUUAUGCAUGCAUCGGAUCCGUCUUGAGGAGGAGGCAAAACCAGUCAGGCAGGCGCAACGGAGAUUGAACCCACUGAUGAUGGAAGUAGUAAAGAAGGAAAUACUUAAACUCCUGGAAGUGGGGAUCAUCUUCGCCAUCUCAGACAGUCCAUGA